CAGACGAUCCCUGUGAUCCAUUCAUUCCUCAUUCUGCGUUAGCGGCUGAGAGAUUUCAAAUCGGGAUGCGUUCUAUAUUGUAAUUUUUACGCUGAACAUUGUUCUUGUUUGUAUUUAUGAAUACAUCGCCGCAGAUAUAAAUUAUAGCCUUGUUUAGUCUUCAAAGGAGUUUAAGAAGCUGAAGGCCGAUUUUUGUAUCUUUUUUCUUUUAAAUUAUUUUUAUUCUCGACUAUUUCGGGAGGAAUCAAGAUCGUCAUUUCCACUGUCACUAGAAUCUACAUUACGUGCUGUGCUAUUUUAUUACUGUUUUUAAUUACUGGCUAAAUUGGAAUAAGGAAAAAAGCUUUUUUUUUUUAAUCCAAAAAUUAUUUUGCCUCCCAUCAAAAUCAGAUUUCCCCGUAGGAUGCGUAGUCAUUACAGAUUGCCGAGGAGAUCACUUUUUGCUUUGCUGUUUCUCUUCACUCUCUCCACCUCCGCGAUGUAUUUCAUCUACUCCGCUCCGGGAAUCGUGAAUGAAUAUCUGUUCAUGGUCCAGGCACGGGGAAUCAGGUUCCGGAAAAACAUGUGGUCAAUCGGCGCCCAGGUAUAUGAGCAAGUGGUGAGAGGAGCAUACACAAAUAUGAAUGGCACAGAUUAUCCGUUUGACUUUAAUGUUAGCGAGCCUUUUGUCCAAUCCACAACAUAUCUACCUGAUGGAUUCACAUACUUGCCAAAUCAGACCUGCCCUGAGAGACUUCCUUCAAUGAAGGGCCAAAUGGAUGUGAACAUGAGUGAGAUCACAUUACAGGAGGUUCAGCAGUCUCUGUUGAUGAACUCGGAUAUAAUGGUGGGAGGACACUGGAAGCCUGUUGACUGUACACCUCGCUGGAAGGUGGCAAUCUUGGUGCCUUUUCGAAAUCGACACGAGCACCUUCCCAUUUUGCUGAGACACCUGAUCCCGAUACUUCAGAGGCAACGCUUGCAUUUUGCCUUCUAUGUUAUAGAGCAGACUGGAUCAAAACCCUUUAACAGAGCAAUGCUGUUCAACGUGGGCUUUCUGGAGGCAAUGAAGGACUUGGAUUGGGACUGCAUGAUCUUCCAUGAUGUCGACCAUAUCCUGGAAAAUGAUCGCAACUAUUACGGCUGCAAGGACAUGCCUCGACACUUUGCAGUCAAGCUUGAUAAAUAUUCAUACCUGCUGCCAUACACAGAGUUCUUUGGUGGUGUCAGUGGCCUUACAACGGAUCAGUUCCAGAAAAUCAAUGGCUUCCCUAAUGCAUUCUGGGGCUGGGGUGGAGAAGACGAUGAUCUCUGGAACAGAGUGCAAUAUGGUGGAUACACUGUGACUCGACCAGAAGGUGACAUAGGAAAAUAUAAAUCCAUCCCUCAUCACCAUCGAGGUGAAGUACAGUUUCUUGGAAGGUACAAUCUCCUGCGGCAUUCCAAGGAGAGACAGAAUGUAGAUGGCCUCAACAACUUGAAGUAUACACCCCAGGUGAUGCGGAAAGCUCUGUACACCAAUAUCACGGUCAAUCUGGUACCAGAUUUGGCUCCUGUCAGCGGACUACUGAACUGGACAUACUGUAACAACAAGGACUGAAGGAGAAAUGCCAUGGACCUAACCUAGUUAAUCACAUGCUGACAGGCACACCUAUGUUAAACAGCAUGCAUGCGCACGUGUAUAUACACAAUAAAUUUCAAUGCACACCUCACAUUUAAAGGCAGUAUUCACCAAGCAGACAAGAGAGUGCGCACAAGCCAGCAGACUCCAGGCACCGUCCUUCUCUUUUUAUACUCCUCACGUGGAGCUAUCAUUUCAAAUCAGACACAUGUACACAACACACACACACCAGCAGAAUCAAAGUGUAGCUGUCUUUACACAGAAUUGUUUUUUUCCAUGUGUACCAGCAGAAUCCAUAAUCUGCUGUCUCCACAAAGAGCAGCAUUUCUCUAAUCACACCAGCAGAUUCACAAAGAGCAACAGUGUAUAUUGAACAUCCCCACCCUAGCCAAUCCUCAUAGGACCACGACUUGACGGUCAGAUCAAACAAUCAUGCAUGAACCAAGGCAGCACCCUGAAAUAAAUCAGAAGUCCACAUUCUGUUCUUGUUUCACUGAGUAGCUGUCCCAAGCCUGACAUGCAUGCACACUCUUUUCUUAACUUGCUCAUCAGAAUACAAGAUGGGCUUUAGAACUGCCUCAAAGGCAAGAAGCAGCAUGUUUUGCAGAGAUACAUAUCAGCAGCCAUUGCAGUUGCAAACAUCAUCCUAAACUGCCAGCUUUUUGUUCAUUCCAUCGUUUUUGUGCAGCUGGGCCAAAUGUUGGCACAUUUUGAGUGUCCAGUCAUUUCCUGGCAACGGUGCAAAUAUCACUCAAAAGGAUGACUUUGAAGACCAUCUUCUUACUUUGGAUACCGUUACAGGAUAUUAAAGUCGGCAGCAAUGCUAAAGACAUAAGAGCUCCUACUGUUUCACUUUGGAGUUUGAACAUGGAGCACAAACACUGUUAAUGCUCUCCCUCUAAGAGCAGUAGCAUAUUGUGGAAACAAGCUAAAAUGUCUUAAAUCGAUCGUUAUCAAACACUAAGUGAAUAAAGACAUUAACUAUCUCCUACCUCCCAAAGGUCAAAGAGAGGUCCAGGAUUCCUUGUGGAAGUUCCCUCUGAUUACGUCUUUACUCUCCCUUUAAAAUCUUCUACUGAAAAAGCUGCUACGUGUCUCCUUGAGAAAUCGACAUAUGAGUCUCAAAAUAUAUGGGGACCCCAGAAGUCAAUUCACCAUGUAUAGAUGUAUGAUGAUACCUUGGCAAGGCUUGCCAUUUUGUGAUUGCACAUCUUUAAUGAGGACUUCAGCUUUAUUGUUUGCAAAGAUUUUGACAUUUUGGUGUGAGUGUGCAAAAUAUGGGGUGGGGUGAGUAGAAAACGAGUAUCAUCGACUGUGGUAAAAUAUGGAAAAACAAACUGGAAUCUUGGUGAUAAAAUGCAAGUUAACACUGGAGUAACUUCUCUGAAGAUGUUAAAAUGUAUAGAGGUAUCUAUGUGCCUCAGAAAAACGGCAAUAAGUCGUCAUGGUGUAGCCAUAUUUUAAUGUUUUAAAGAGAAAGAGCUUAAAUGGUCAUAUUUGCUUUAUUUAAAAACUUACCACCAGAUGGUAAACACCUUCAUAGCUCCAUAUGAACACUCCAUCCACUAAGGCAUGGAUUGUUCAAAAAUGACGCAGACAAGUUUCUAAUUUAUAUGAUGUGCGUUUCUGUCGGACUGAUGGACUGUUUUUAACUGCAGUUAUUCUCUGUGUAUGUGUUUUUGUCUCAUUUAUGGCAGCUUUAAGCAAAGAAACAGAUAACUGGAUUUCUUACAUGGUAUUAUUAGAAUGCCCGCUUUAAAAUAAAAUGUUCAUGCGGUAUUCUAAGCAUCUGAACACCACCAGUUUCCAAAAACAACAGUUAUUACUUUUUACAUAUAAGACUGAUAAAUUCACAAUAUGAACUGUUUUUUUUUAUCAGUUCACUAUAUGUUAAAUCAUAGUUACAAUCAACUCUGAUAAUAUUCCAUCUGUAAUGAAUUCCAGGUCUCAGCUUUGUUAGAUUGAAAAUGGUGCUACCCUGUAUGUGAAAGAGUGCAAGGAUGUAAGCUGCUUGGUGAUUUUGUGUUUUAUUCUUUGUAAUCUAACUUCUUUAGGAAACAUUUUGGAUAAUUCAUUCCUCCCUCACUUGGACUAGGAUUGAUUCAUGGCAUGGCAUCCCUCGGCCCUGCCUGCGUAAGCGAGAGGAGAACUACGUGGGUGACCUUACAGAGUUCCAUCCACUCUUUUGACAGAAUGAGUAACCGAGCGGCCAUCACACUCCAUGCACACAGUGGUUUCCACGUCAGGUUUAUUUGGGUGGAGAAGAUAUUGAGAGACCUGUCUCUCACCCUUCUCUGUUAUUCUACACCUUCUUUGCCUGAGCAGAAUAUUUAGAUUCCCGUAUCCAUUCCUUCAAACUCAUCAUACUGUACUUUAAAUUAUAAUUCAUCGCAGUAAAUACCUCACUGUUGAGCAAACCUUAAGACAGUAAAGCAGGGGCCUGUAUAUGAACCUCUUUUUCAUUUUAAUUAGUAUGAGAUGGACCGUUACACAUCCGUACGUAUCUCAAAAUGCCCAAUCUGUGUCUCCCAUUUCUGUCACUUUUGAUCGUGCGUAUUCUCAGUGAGAGGAAGGGAUCACAUUGGCUGUCAGGGAUUUUCGUCUCCAGAUGUCUGAUUCUGUCUUCAUCCUCAUAGUACCCU